AUGUCUAUGAACGGCCUGUCGCAGCCGUCUUCCUCCAGCGGCCCCCCGCCCUCGCCCUCGAGGCUGCCGGCCCUCGUAGUCCAGCACCGUCCGCUCUCGCCCCGCCAGCAUCUCGCCCAGGCCCAGUCUGCCGCCCAAGCCGCUUCCUCCUCGACCGCGUCCUCCUCCUCCGCCAACUCCUCCCGUCCUGUCGCCCCGACGCCGACCUCGGCCCCCUCCGCGAUCACCACCACGUCCGCGCCCGCAACCGCUCCCCUGCUCUCCACCGUCCCGCCCCCGAAGGUCAACCAGUCGGCUUUCAUCCACAAACUAUACAACAUGCUCGAGGAUCAAAGCAUCCAACAUCUCAUCUCCUGGACCACCGCCGGUGACUCCUUCGUCGUCUCCCCAAACGAGGAGUUCUCUCGCGUCCUGAGUCAAUACUUCAAGCACACAAACGUCUCUUCUUUUGUCCGGCAGCUCAACAUGUACGGCUUUCAUAAAGUCAACGAUGUUUUCCAUGCCGGCUCAGCUGCAGACUCGGGCCAGUGGGAGUUCAAGCACGGCGAAAGUAUUUUCCGCCGCGGCGACGUCGAUUCCCUUCGCGCCAUCAAACGUCGUGCUUCGCGACAAUCCGUCGUCCAUCGAGACUCUGUCGGAUCAUCAAAGUCCGGGUCGGUGUCGAUGCCAGCAACCCCUGUCUCACCCAACGGAACUUCACAAAUGAUCCCCUCGGCUUCACCCGGAUACAUGCUCGAUUCUAACGCUGCCGCCGUCGCCGCCUCCGCCUCUUCUCACAUAGCCGCUCAGGCGCAACUCCAACAGCAACAGCAGCAACAACAACAGCUACAACUACAGCAACAGCAAGCUCACAUCUCUUCUAUUCCUACACCUGCUGGUUCAGUCUCCGGUCCCACUCGGGAGAGCAUAAGCGGGCCACCUCUGAUUCGAAACCGAGACGGAAGCAUACCCGAGUCUGGUGAAUCGGCUCGCAUAUCAGCUCUGGAGGGAACGAUGUGGCAACUACAGGACUCGUAUUUACGGUUACUGCCCCAGGUUGAAAUGGUUCUUGAGUCUGUUCGAUCGUGCCAGGAGUGGCUACGGAGCGUGAUCUCUAUCGUGUCGCGAUUGCCUUUGGGCUCGGAUUCUAAGGCAAUUGAAGCUGAAUUGCGGCGAAUCCACGACGACAUCACACGCAGAGGUCAGCUUCUGGCUGAAGACCACGUCGCCCCAACGUACUAUCUCAGAUCAGAUUCAAGUGGUGCGCCUCUUUCGCCCCGUCAGUAUUCUGAAGACAGAGCUUCUCGGUCGUCGGUCAGCUAUCCUCAUCCGUACGGCGGUUCGGUGGAUUAUACCCCUCAGUCGAUGCAUCACCCGCUGCAUAACGUCACAUCCGCUCCGCCCCAGCAGCCGCACUACAUAGCUCAACAGCAACAAUAUCCCCAUCCACCACCUCCUCCGUUGAUGGCUGGAUACCCGUCGCAUCCAUUAAAUGCUUCCCAUCUCCGUCAUCGGCCUGGCUCAUACCCUUCGCCGUCGCACUCGACAAGGAUAGUGGAACAGCCUGUUCUGCGGCGGCACACGUCUGGCGACGGUCGGUCGGAUCUGCCGAGUAGGAGCUGGAGCGAUGUUUCUUCACUGACUGAUAGUAGCGGUGAGGCUCAGCUUCACUACCGAUCGAGCUACGGAAGCGAUGUGUCGAUGUACGGGUUCGGGUCACAGCAGCAGCAAGGAUCACCUCACACCCCGUCUCCUGCGUCGCUGUCUCCUUUACAUCAGUCCGGACGGAAAGACAGCAUAAACCCUGGUCAGUUUGUGAGCGUGAAUCAACAGUAUAGAUUACGGCCGGUGUCGCCAAAGAUGUCGCCCACGUCGGCACCAAAGAACUCUGGUCCGACAAGCGUUCCGCCGCCUCCACCGCCGCCACCACCUCCUCCACCUCCACCACCGACUACGACUGUGCCGCAUCCACAGCAACAGCAUCAAGAUCAACAAGCGGCAGCUCAGCAGAAUUUACAGAUGGGAGCGCCGCAUACGCAACCUCACUCGCACCACCCACCUCCACCACCACCUCCUCCUCCCCCACCUCCGCAGCAACAACAACAACAGCCACAAGAGCAGUCAGUCAAGCCAUCCCAACAGAUCCCACAGCCUUCGGUACAGCCCCAACCUCAACCUCAACUACAGACCGCGCCCCCGCAACAACCACAGCAGCAGGCGAACUUGCCGCCGCCUCCACUGCGCCAGUCGGUCGCAGUGGGCGUGCACUCUCUACUCAAUCCGCUCGAAAAAGAGGAACGGAUCGAAAGUCCGCCUUUAUCGCCUCUGUCGACGAGCCGAAAGCGACGGAAAGAGAGUUGA